AUGAUCUUCGCAGCCCGCCAACUUCAGGAGAAGUGUCAGGAGAUGCGGACCCACCUGUACUCUACCUUCGUGGACCUGAAGAAAGCCUUCGACACGGUGAAUCGUGAAGGACUGUGGAAGAUCAUGCAGAAAUUCGGCUGUCUGGAGCGAUUCACUCAGAUGGUGCGUCAGCUGCACGACGGUACGAUGGCGCGAGUCACGGACAACGGAGCUGUCUCAGAGGCAUUCGCAGUGACCAACGAUGUGAAGCAGGGCUGUGUGCUGGCGCCUACCCUCUUCAGUCUCAUGUUCUCUGCCAUGCUGAUGGACGCCUACCGCGACGAACGCCCCGGAAUCCGCAUCGCCUACAGGACGGACGGUCGUCUCCUGAAUCCACGGCGCAUGAACUUCCAAUCGCGGGUAUCCACAGCCACCGUGCACGAACUCCUCUUCGCCGACGACUGCGCCCUGAACACCACCUCGGAAGAGGAGAUGCAACGGAGCAUGGACCUAUUCUCCGCCGCCUGCGAGAACUUUGGGCUGGUUAUCAACACGCAGAAGACGGUGGUGAUGCAUCAGCCGCCUACCAACUCAGCCACAGCCCCCAACGCGCCGCAAAUCAACGUGAAUGGGACUCAACUGCAAGUGGUAGAGAACUUCCCGUACCUGGGCAGCACGCUCUCCCGCACCACCAAGAUCGACGACGAAGUCGCCAACAGGAUCUCGAAAGCCAGUCAAGCCUUCGGUCGCCUCCAAAGCACAGUUUGGAAUCGUCAUGGUCUCCAACUGAGCACAAAGCUGAAGAUUUACAAGGCCGUCAUCCUGCCGACGCUACUGUACGGAGCGGAGACCUGGACGGUGUACACGAGGCAGGCACGUCGACUAAACCACUUCCAUCUCAGUUGUCUUCGUCGCAUCCUGAGGCUGAACUGGCAGGAUCGAAUCCCCGACACGGAAGUACUGGAACGGACGGGAAUUCUGAGCAUCUACUCCAUGUUGAGACAAAUGCAGCUGCGCUGGAGCGGCCAUCUGGUGCGCAUGGACGACGAGCGACUACCCAAACGACUCUUCUACGGAGACGUCGCGACGGGUUCUCGUCGUCAAGGAGGCCAAAUUCGCCGUUACAAGGAUACCCUGAAGUCCUCCCUGAAGCGCCUGCACAUCAACCCGACCAACUGGGAAGAGCUCGCUCGCGAUCGUCCGACAUGGAGGAGAACAGUGAAGACGGGCGCUGCUAUCUACGAAGCCAACCGCAUCGCCGCCGCCAAAGUGAAACGCGAAGCCCGCAAAUCACAACUUCGCCCAAUACGCAACGCCGCCGCACAACAUCUCCCUACGUGUCCUCGAUGUCAACGGACAUUCCGGGCACGAAUCGGACUUGUUGGACAUCUCCGAACCAACUGCACCUCUCGAACUGCUCCAGCCAUCGUCCCCCAGCCCGCCGUUUCCUCGUCCUCUGUGCCGCCAACUAACUCUGACACUCCUUCUGCACCACCACUUCCAUCCUCCUCCUUCUCCUCCACUGCCCCAGCGGUGGCCGUUCAGGCUGCCGUCUCACACAUCGCCAACCACGACACAACAACCGCAACCACCCCCACCCCUCCCGAUUCCAGUUAUGAGGAUCAGGACUACACCUGCCCUCACUGCGACCGCACCUUCACCUCACAUAUCGGCCUGGUCGGUCACUUGCGAAUCCAUCGCACAGAGACUGGCGAACCAGUGCCUGGAGCACCAACCUACACCCACCGCACUCGCCUCCACUGCCCACAAUGCCCUCGCACUUUCCGGCAUCGCAUGGGUCUGUUCGGCCACAUGCGCAUCCACGAGAGCGGAAUUGACCGCAUCCUUGACACACCCACCCCGCCGAGCCCCACUCCCAUUCCACCACCUUGUGCACCCACUAACCACUCCCCAGCGGACAUCGACGCCACCGACCUUACCACCCCUCACUCCUCCCCUUCCUCUAUCACUGCCACAACUACGGCCGCUUCGGCGUCUGUCGCCCACGACCUCACCACAGCCGAACCUGACACAACAACAGACACAACCCCUGCAACCUCCAUCAUCAGACGUGAGGGCCAGGACUACAUCUGCCCUCACUGCUAUCGCACCUUCACGUCACGCAUCGGCCUGGUCGGUCACUUGCGAAUACAUCGCACAGAGACUGGCGAACCAGUGCCUGGAGCACCAACCUACACCCACCGCACUCGCCUUCACUGCCCACACUGCCCUCGCACCUUCACGCAUCGCAUGGGUCUAUUCGGCCACAUGCGCAUCCACGAGAGCGGAAUUGACCACAAUUCCGAUACAGCCGCGACAUCCAACACAUCCACCAGGCCCAGACCCAUCCCCGCUCCACCGUCACACGCGCCGACCACCACCACCGCCACCAACACCACUGCUUCCUCUACAGCUGACACCGACACCGCCAACCUCUCAUGCCCACAUUGUCCACGCACCUUCACCUCACACAUCGGCCUGGUCGGUCACUUGCGAAUCCAUCGCACAGAGACUGGCGAACCAGUGCCUGGAGCACCAACCUACUCCCACCGCACUCGCCUUCACUGCCCACACUGCCCUCGCACCUUCACGCAUCGCAUGGGUCUAUUCGGCCACAUGCGCAUCCACGACGACCUGCGGUAG